AUGCUGCCUCUUUGUGCCGCCCGGAUAUUCCAACUCACCAGGGAACUAGGCCACCGCUCCGACGGAGAGACCAUCGAGUGGCUCCUGCGCCAGGCCGAGCCCUCCAUCAUCGCCGCCACCGGCUCCGGCACAGUCCCCGCUGCGCCAGUCUCCACUAGCACCGCCGCAUUGGACUUCUCCUCCGGCCAAGAGGGGAUGUUCGCCAUGGCCCUGGCACAGCCGCCGGGAAUGGAGUACCGGAACAUGCCGUUCACGGCCGUUGUUGUUGCAACCGACGUCAAUGGAAGAUACAGAGCAAGAUGA